UGUGACAAGAGGGGAUAGUGGGAUAAACAUUUAGUACUGAGGGAGGCAGUGGCAGUAAACACAGGGAGGAGGCGGCAAGUGUGGCUCCUGGGUGCUGGUGAACAGCUCAAUCAGCUGCAGAUACUUUUGUGUGAAGAUAAUGGAGGACAAAAGGAAGAAGAGAAGCCCCAAAGUGUGUGUAACCCAAACGCUACCCCCAGGACCUUUACGCAAAGUUACAGCUCCUCCUAUUAAGAGUGCUACUUUUAGUCUGGGUAUCCCCCAUCCUCCUUCCCCAAAACAAAGAAACAAAAUCAAGAGGAGUGUAAAGGAGCGUGUGCGACCGCCAGCGCCCUCUGAGGGAGUGAGCCCUGGACCUAGCUUGCAGCAUUCCUUCCUUACAGAUGUAUCUCACGUGUGUGAGAUGGAGGGGGGUCUCCUCAGUCUGCUCAAUGACUUUCACUCUGGAAAACUGCAAGCAUUUGGCCAGGUGUGCUCUUUCGAGCAGUUGGAGCGAGUGCGGGAAAUGCAGGAGCAGCUAGCACGCCUCCAUUUUAGUCUUGAUGUGUGUGCAGAGGAGCUGAGAGAAGAGACACAUGCAGAACGCAACCUGGAGCAGCUCUUAAAUAACCUUGAAGAACUGAGCAAUUCAAUACAAAAAUUAAACUUGGCAGAAAACCAAGAGAACUCACCUUCACCUAGCGAAGAAGUGACAGAGAAUCUCCAGUGAAUGCCAGUGGACUAUACCAUAUUCUGACGACAACAGCACUGUACAAGCUGUAAGUGGGGGGAAUCCACGUAGCAGAGCUUGGCACACACGAAUAACAAAUGACUCGUAUAAUGUGGCGAAAAGUUUGGAGAUGAAGGACAGAGUGUGCGGUAAAGACUGAAAUGUGCUACACUGAUAGUAACAAGGGAGAUGUGAGAGAAGAAAAGUAGUAAAUGCAUGACACAUCCUCCCAGAUGAGAUAGUAUUAGCAUUAAGAAAUUAUUUAAUAAAACAGCGGAGUCCUGAUAGAUCCGGUGAACACUGUGACAUUCUCAGUCUCUCGCAGGUGAGAAGUAAUACUGCUGCACUUUUCCAUUGUGCAAUGUAGACACCAGUGAAUGAAUGUGUAUCUGGUUUCUGCGCGUGUUAGUAUGUUUUAGAUUUUAUAAUAAAUC